CACGUCCCCAGCCCCAGCCCGACCGCCAACUCCCCCAGAUCUAGCCCAAACUUCACCCAAACAGCCUGAUCUUGCUCUGACCAGCCCCUUUACAACUGUUGCACCAUCUGAACCGGCGGCUGCGGAGCAGCGAGACGAAAUCGCCACAUCCUCGAACUCAUCGAAGCCCCAAUCGUCGCCUUAGCCACCUGUGGCUAGUUUAACACGUCGCUGCCUCGAAGGCCUAGCCAUACCGCCGCACCACGUUCGGACAGAAGGAGUAGAAUAAGAAAUCUGCAGGUGAGAUGAUAAUGACGACGGCGUGAUCGGCGAGGCGAGAUGGUGGAAGGCGUCCGCUUGGAGAUAAGAGCAGAGAUCGAGGGUGAAGGAAGUUUGUUGUGCGCGUCUGCUUGGAGAUAACGCAAAGGAACGGGAGAUGGGGAUAUGCAGGGUCACUUUUGUGUCAAAGUCUAAAUGAGUCAUAUAAUUAGAAUUCAAAAGCCCAAUAGUAUUAUACGGGUCAUUAUUUCGUCAUUAUUUUGUUGCUCAAACACAGUAUAUAAUACGUAUAUAUGCUCAUAUCUCGAAUACUAAUACAGAGGGUGAAGUCAGAACAGUGUACUGCUCUCCAGACCAGACAGCCGCCGGACACGGUUGCCGGCGUUUUGCUACUGAACCGCCACCCGCCGCGGCUGCUGUAAACAACCCCAACCCAAGUAAUUACCUUUACGCCUGUGCGAACACGUCUACUAUAUUCUCUGACCAACCCAAAAAAGUUCAGCAAAAGUAUCUUCAGAAGAAACGAGCAGAAAGCUAAAAACCAAACAAGAAAAGCCAAAAAGGACGAAAAUCAAGCCCAUUCCUGCCUCUUAAUCUUCUACAGCUACCCCGCUCCAAUCAUUUCUGCCCUUUAACUAUUAAAUACGGAGUGCUGGAAUGGAGGAGAGGCCGGAGGCGGAGCUGAUAUCAAUACCGGCGACGCCACGCGCGUCGACGCCGGAGAUUCUGACGCCGUCGGGGCAGCGGUCGCCGAGGGGGGUGCCGUCGUCGAAGGAGGGGAAGUCAUGGACGCCGACUUCGUUCAUAUCCCCGAGAUUUCUGAGCCCAAUCGGGACGCCGAUGAAAAGGGUUCUGGUGAACAUGAAGGGUUACUUGGAAGAAAUGGGGCAUCUGACGAAGCUGAACCCGCAAGACGCUUGGCUUCCCAUCACAGAGUCCCGCAAUGGCAAUGCUCACUAUGCUGCUUUCCAUAACCUCAAUGCUUCUGUUGGAUUUCAAGCUCUUCUCUUGCCUGUAGCUUUCUCUUUUCUGGGAUGGAGUUGGGGAAUAAUUUCCUUAACUAUUGCAUAUAUCUGGCAACUCUACACACUAUGGAUUCUUGUUCAACUUCACGAAGCAGUUCCAGGGAAAAGAUAUAACCGAUACGUGGAGCUUGCCGAAGCCGCAUUUGGAGAAAGAUUGGGCGUUUGGCUUGCUCUAUUCCCAACGGUUUACCUAUCUGCCGGAACAGGAACAGCUUUGAUUCUCGUAGGAGGGGAAACCAUGAAACUGUUCUUUCAAACCGUUUGUGGACCCCUCUGUUCAUCGAACCCUUUAACCACGGUUGAAUGGUAUCUGGUCUUCACUUCCCUGUGCAUUGUGCUAUCACAACUCCCAAACUUAAACUCAAUUGCGGGGCUGUCACUCGUAGGAGCAGUGACGGCCAUCAUAUACUCUACCAUGACGUGGGUCCUCUCGGUAAGCCAACAUAGGCCACCUUCCAUCUCUUAUGAUCCUGUUUCAUUGCCUUCCUCUACCGCUUCUAUAUUUUCUGUCCUUAAUGCACUUGGUAUUGUGGCAUUUGCUUUUAGAGGACACAAUCUAGUGCUGGAAAUUCAGGCAACGAUGCCAUCAACCUUCAAACACCCAGCUCACGUGCCAAUGUGGAAGGGAGCAAAGGUUGCCUUUUUCUUUGUUGCAAUGUGCCUCUUCCCUAUUGCCAUUGGUGGUUAUUGGGCUUAUGGAAACCUUAUGCCAUCAGGCGGGAUGCUUAGUGCGUUGUUUGAAUAUCACUCCCAUGACAUCCCAAGAGGCCUUCUAGCAGUGACAUUUCUCUUAGUCGUCUUCAGCUGCCUGAGCAGCUUUCAGAUAUACUCCAUGCCUGCAUUCGACAGCUUUGAAGCGGGGUAUAGUAGCCGCACGAACAGGCCAUGCCCGAUCUGGGUUCGAUCCGGUUUUCGGGUUUUCUAUGGAUUCUUUUCACUGUUUGUAGGGGUAGCACUCCCUUUUCUCUCAAGUUUUGCAGGGCUAUUAGGCGGGAUCACUCUUCCGGUCACAUUCGCUUACCCGUGCUUCAUGUGGGCGCUUAUAAAGAAGCCCACUAAGUAUAGUUUCAGUUGGUACUUCAACUGGACCCUUGGUUGGUUGGGGGUGGCCAUUAGCUUAGCCCUUUCAGUUGGUGGUGUUUGGAGCAUGGUCUACAGUGGCCUCAAGCUUAAGUUCUUCAAGCCGCCUACCUAGCAGAUGGAAACCACCAAAAUGGGACUUUCAGAAGGAAGAAAAUAUAUGGCUUGUCAAUGUAUGAUUACAUCUGAAUUUUUUGACUAGGUAAAAUGUUAAGUGUAUUAAAAUGGGUUGGGUAAGAAUGUUUGCAUUUGCUGGUGUUUGUGUUUAAAUUUAAUACAGUUGGAUAUUGGAAUUGUAUUUAACCUUUUGUCAUCCUUUUUUCUUAAAUUAUGUAUAGAUAAGUUCUGAGUCCUGAGAUGCAUCAAGUAAACAGGGACAUAUCAUUAAAAUGUUGUAAUGGAAUAGUGUUUCUUUCUAAUACAGUGAGUAU